UGGAAGAUCAACACAAGCCUGCUGAAGAGAAAGGAGCCCUACCGCCGCCUGUUGUGCCAGAAAAGGAAAUGAAGAAGAUGCGAAAAAAAGCGGCCAAGGCUGCCAAGCGUGAAAAACGUGAAAGUAAUAAAUUAUCUCUCAAGCCUUGUGUCAUCUGCAACCGGGACCAAGACCUGCUGAUCCGUUGUCAGGUUGAUUCUUCACUGGAAUGGAAGAUGGUGUGCGGAAAAUGUUGGAGGGAAGUUAGCGGGGGAGUCGUAGA